GCCGACAACUAUCACCGAUUUUACCACGAGAUUCUGACGUGGACACGCAGCCCGACACUGAGUCCACGACACAGACAGACGACACAGAGGGACGCCACAGACACCCACGACACGAGAAUGACUACGACACACCAGCCAUGACAGCCACGUCCAACUUCUCCAGCCACGACAUUCACCAGCUCCAUCCCAUCCCCCACAAUCGCCAUCUCGCCCUCCCACCUAUCUCGCUUACGUAACUAUCUGCCCCACCCCGUCCCCUUUAAAAACGACGAAAAACGCUGCGAGAAAAAACAUCCACCGGCAACUUCAUUUUUUGUCCAGGAAUCAUCCACACCAGCUGGCCACUCGUCCUGUUCACCACCACCUCCGAGCCCAGCCCUAAUCUAUCCCCUCCCGCCGUGUUCCUGGCAUCAUGACAGUUUACACCACCAAUUCCGCCGUGGCCCAGCAGCAGCAGGCUGCGCAACAAGCGCAGGCCCAGCAGCAGCAGGCGCAACAAGCACAAGCACAGCAACAACAGCAGCAGCAGGCGGUGCAGCAGAGACAGCAGCACCAGCAGCGUCUCAGCGAGCUUCUAGACGCCGUCAAACAGGAGUUCGACUAUGCGCUCAACGAGGCGUCCAGCUUCAAGCAGGUCAAGGAGGACUACGAUCUCAAGUACAACCAGCAGACUGCAGAAAUGCAGCAGAUCCGCCAGACGGUGUACGAGUUGGAGAUGGCCCACCGCAAGAUCAAGGAGGCCUAUGAAGAGGAAAUCUUGAGGUUGAAGACCGAAUUGGAAAAUCGCGACAGACAGGCCCAGAUCCACCACCAGCAGGCAGCGCAACAAGCGCAGGCCCAGGUGCAGCACCAGCAAGCGCACGCGGCGCACGCACCCAAGCCUAACGGUCAGCACGCGCCCUAUGGCGGCUACCCUGGACCGGGGCCCCAGGCGGGCGCUGCGCCCGUGAAGCAGCUGCCAGCGGCGCAGGAAGCGAAACCAGUGGUGGCUGCAGCUGCCGCUGCACCCGCCGCCGCCGACGAGUCUGCACCUGCCGCCAACGAACCUGUCAAGGAACCUGCACCCGCCGCAGCCACCGCUGUCAAUGGUGCAGCUGCCCCCACCAUCGCUCCCCAGGAUACUUCCACCGCCCUCACCGUCAUCGACAAGUCCCAGUACGUGGUCAAUCCCGCCGACAAGGCGCUCCAUGUCAAGGAAAUUCCGCCUUUUUUGACCGAUUUGGACGUGGCAAAGGCCAGUCCCGACUUCAAGAAGCAGAAGUUGGACUACUACGUGCUCUACAACCCUGCGUUCCAGCGUGACUUGGACGUGGAGUUGGUGCACUCGUUGGACCACUCGUCAGUAGUGUGCUGCGUGCGGUUCUCCAAGGACGGCCAGUUCAUCGCUACUGGUUGUAAUAAGACCACCCAGGUGUUCAACGUGGAGACAGGUGAGUUGGUGGCCAAGCUCAUCGACGACAACAACUCCACGGAUGCAGCUGCGAAAACUGGCGCAACCAACGGCGACGCCAAGAACGGAGACGCAGGCGCAGAGGCAGCAGCAGCAGCAGCUGCCACCGCUGCAGCCAACGGCGACUUGUACAUCCGUUCAGUCUGCUUUUCGCCAGACGGAAAGCUCUUGGCCACAGGAGCUGAAGACAAGUUGAUCCGUAUCUGGGACUUGCAGUCCAAGAAGAUAAUCAAGAUUUUGCGCGGCCACGAGCAGGAUAUCUACUCGUUGGACUUUUUCCCCGACGGAAACCGGUUGGUUUCCGGCUCGGGAGACCGCACAGUCAGAAUCUGGGACUUGAGAUCGUCCCAGUGCUCGUUGACACUCUCCAUCGAGGACGGAGUCACCACAGUGGCCGUUUCGCCAGACGGAAACUUGAUCGCGGCUGGUUCUCUCGACAGAACCGUCCGGGUGUGGGACUCCACCACCGGCUUUCUCGUGGAAAGAUUGGACUCUGGCAACGAGAACGGCAACGGACACGGCGACUCCGUGUACUCAGUAGCGUUUUCCAUCAACGGAAAGCAAAUUGCCUCGGGUUCGCUUGAUAGAACCGUCAAGUUGUGGAACCUCGAAGGCAGACAGGACCCCCACAACCCUCACGGAGCAUCGGGAGCCAAGAAGUCCAGCUGUGAGGUGACCUACAUCGGCCACAAGGACUUCGUGUUGUCGGUUUGCUCGACCCCCAAAAACGAAUAUAUUCUUUCGGGAUCCAAGGACAGGGGAGUUAUUUUCUGGGACCAGCUUUCCGGCAACCCGUUGUUGAUGUUGCAGGGCCACCGCAACUCAGUGAUCUCGGUGGCGGUGUCGUUGAACUCGCAGGGAACCGAGGGCAUUUUCGCCACGGGUUCUGGUGAUUGCAAAGCACGGUUGUGGAAGUGGACCAGAAAAGCAUAGACGGGACAAAACGCCAGUAUGACCGGCCAGGCUCCACUGACAGUCCUCGGGAGCCUGCCUAUAUUAUUAAUUCCAUCCCCGUGUUCCAAAAAGCCGUGCCUAAUUGGGGGUGGAUGUGGUACACCUUGUGUUUAUUUUAUGUAUGUAAUAGUAUCUGUAACGAGAGAGUGUAAUGGUAGCUGCGGCUAUGUUGUGAAUAAAUAAAGAAAACAAAAUCAGACACUAGACAUAGAGACCUUGAGGCAGAUAGGCACAUUGUGCUUGAUAGGAG